GUUGAUUAAAAUACACGGUGAAGCGUUAAAAUAGGAUACGUUGUCACAUACGAUUUCUGCUAUUUGCCAUUCUACCCGCUUUACUGUUUCUUUGCUACAAGGUGGCAUCAUUGAGCUUAAAGUCUCCAUCUACAGAUAACUUCGGAUGAGUUGCAAAAACCCACGAUGGACCCUCCCUAAACACUAAAGAGGGUAUAAAAAGAGAAAGACACAACCCUGUGGUAUUUACUUCAGAGUCUCUCUGGAGGAUCAAACAGAAACAUUCAUCUGUGCAUGUGGAGCUUUGAAUUAAUAAGUGGCAUCUGUUUUUCAUCUGUGCGUUCAAUUGAAUAGACUGAACCAGCUGGGGAGAAGAAGAGAGUUUUGCAGUCUGCAGUAUGUUCUCCUCUGUGAAGCCCUAUGAAGGGCAGCAGUUUUCAGCCCUGAGGAAGCAGUGCCAGCAGAACAAAAGUCUUUUUGAAGACCCCCUCUUCCCCAUUGUGGACCAGUCACUCUUCUACAAUGGGAACCGCAUCGGAAAAGUCACAUGGAAGAGACCAAAGGACCUGUGUGAAGAUCCUCACUUGUUUGUGAAUGGUAUUAGUGCCCAUGAUCUGCACCAGGGGCAGCUGGGUAACUGCUGGUUUGUGGCGGCAUGUUCCAGUCUGGCCUCCAGAGAAGCUCUUUGGCAGAAAGUUAUCCCAGAUUGGAAAGCUCAGGAAUGGGACAAGGAGAAACCGGAGAACUAUGCAGGGAUCUUUCACUUUCGGUUCUGGCGUUUUGGAGAGUGGAUAGACGUUGUUAUUGAUGACCGACUGCCAACCGCCAAUGGGCAACUCAUCUAUUGCCACUCAAAUGACAGUAAUGAGUUCUGGAGUGCCCUGGUGGAGAAAGCAUAUGCCAAGUUGUAUGGCUGUUAUGAGGCUUUGGAUGGUGGCAACACAGCCGACGCUCUCGUGGACUUCACUGGGGGAGUAUCCGAACCCAUGGAUUUGCUGGAAGGCAAGUUUAGUCAGGAGGAAGAGGCCAGAAAUCAGCUGUUUGAGCGGGUUCUAAAGGUCCACAGCAGAGGAGGCCUGAUCAGCUGCUCCAUUAAAGCAACCAGUCAGGCAGACAUGGAGGCCCGUUUAGACUGUGGUCUGGUCAAAGGUCACGCUUACGCUGUAACAGACGUGCGGAAGGUGCGAUUGGGCACCGGUCUGCUUGCGUUCUUCAAAUCAGAGAAACUUUCCAUGAUCCGUAUGCGAAACCCAUGGGGACAGAGAGAGUGGAAUGGAGCUUGGAGUGACAGCUCAGAGGAGUGGAAGAAAGUCAGUAAGAGUGAACGCGAGCGGUUGGGUGUGACCGUGCAGGAUGAUGGGGAGUUCUGGAUGGAUUUUGAUGAUUUCUGUAAGUACUACACGGAUCUGAUUUUGUGCCGCUUGAUUAAUACAUCAUACCUGAGCAUCCACAAGACCUGGGAAGAGGCAGUGAUGCGGGGCUUGUGGAGUCGCCAUGAUGACCCUUUAAGGAACCAAUCAGGAGGCUGCAUCAACCACAAAGCCACCUUCCUUCAGAACCCACAGUAUGUGUUUGACGUGACAAAGGCAGAGGACGAGGUUUUGAUUUGUCUUCAGCAGCAGGACCGAAGAGCUCGACCCAAAGAAGGCAAAGGAGAAAACCUGGCUAUCGGCUUUGAUAUCCAGAGAGUUGAGCUCAACAGGAAAUACCGUAUGCACACCAUUCAGAAGACUGUCGGCAGCUCUGUCUACAUUAAUUCCCGCAGUGUUUUUGUGCGGAAAGACCUGAAAGAGGGUCGUUAUGUCAUCAUUCCCACAACCUUUGACCCCAGCCUAGAGGGAGACUUCCUGCUGCGGAUCUUCACGGACUUGCCUUCAGACUGCAAGGAGCUGACUCUAGAUGAACCGCCCCAAACCUGUUGGACAGGGUGCUGUGGAUAUCCAAACCUGGUAUCGCAGGUGCACAUACACCGAGCCGAGGGACUCAAGGCCCAGGACUCUGAUGGAUCGUCUGACCCUUACGUUAUCAUCAGCUGUGAAGGAGAGAAGGUUCGUUCUCCAGUGCACAAAGACACACAAAGCCCAGACUUUGACGUGAAGGCUAUUUUCUACAGGAAGAAACCGAAAGAGCCGAUCCACAUUCAGGUUUACAACAAAAACAUUCUGAAGGACUCGUUCAUGGGUCAGGUGACCUUGAGUGGUGAGCUCUCUGACCUGCAGCAGCUUCACACCGUUCACCUGAGGGACAAAGGAAAUCGCCAGAGCAACGACCUUCCGGGCUUCCUAUCAGUGAGCCUUGUUACCAGCGACGUCCUGACGAACAUCUGACAUCACUCGGGCUGCGCCUGUCUUGGUAUCUGUACUCAUGACAACCACAUUACAGUGAGCGCAGUGGUUUGUCAAACUUUCUUGCACCUUUUAUGCACUUGAUCUGGUGUUUAUGCAUGCCCCCAACCGCAUGCCCCCUCAUUUGGUAUACUCUGUACUUUUUGAGGAUAUUUCUGUUUGCCAAAUUGGAAGCAAAAUCAACUUGUUUACUUGUUACAAGGUCUUUGCAACUUAAAGAUGGUGUAUUCUGGUAUUAUUACCAUUCUAUUGUUUUGUCUUGGAAAUUAUACAUUAAAAAUAUCAGUGUAUUUUACAAUAUGCGUCUGUCAGUAUAUUAAAUCACUUUACAGUAUAUAUCUAAUACCACUAUUUAAGUAAGUUUAGAUACUGUAUGUAAUUUCUGCUGUUGUAUUAUAACCUAUUUACUAAUCAAUCUGUCUAUUUUUGUUUUGAGCUUUGUUUACACUAAAUGUUUGUAUGUGGAGGUAUUUUCUUAUAUUUGGCUAUUUUGUAUUUUUUCAGUUAUUUGCCAUAGCAUGAUUGAAAUAUGUUGCUUUUACACACCUGUUACAUGUUGUUUUUAUUUUGUUUUUUGUAUGCUAAAUAACCAAAGACGUCAGAGUAUAUAUCAUGAUUUCUGUCUAUUCCAAAUGAAAUGAGUGCUUUUUAUGUACUUUUUUUUUUUUUUUUUCAGAACUCAUGGCUGUGAAUUCUUAGGAAUAUUGAGCCAAAAGUUAUGAAGUCUAGUUGAGCCAUAUGGGUUUAGCAUUGCCUCUUAAAAACCUAGUUAUGUCCCCUUUUAAAUCAUGUUUACUUAUAAAGAUGUGUGAUUAUUAGUCCAUUGGGCAGCCAUAUGAGCAGUUAUCAAUACAACACAGUAUAGUGACCACGAGGUGGCAGUAUGAUGUAAGGGAGAAAGGAGUAUCUCACAGUAGUGUUGUAGUAUUUUACCUUUUUAAUGAAUUGUCCUUAAAAUGCAAUUUCGUGCAUGUUAUUGGAAAAAUUUUGUUUACCAGUGUAUUUGGUUGUUUCAAAUGUUUCACGUGACAACAUCAUAAACAUAGUUCCAUAAAUUAAAAUCAAUCUAAAAUAUUUAAUAAGAGAUUUAGUGAGGAGUCUUCUAGAAUUAAAAUCAUAGUAUUUCUCUUUUUAAAAAGAGACUUUAAAUUAAGGAGUUUAAUGGUAAGGUUAAAGUUAUUGUGUCUGAAUGUAUCUUAAUAUGGAUGUGGAAAAACAAACACUUAAUACAUAUGUGCCAUUUUGCAAUCACUAUUAAUUGUUUUCAUCUUCUUUCUUUCAUUUGAAGUUUUACAUGUAAUGUCUGUUGUUUGCAGAUAGUGCCUUACCAGAGCAGGUGAAAUGGCCUAUUAAAAUAUAAUUUAGUUUUAUAAGCAUUUAGACAUAUUCUGUAUUGCAUGACUGUUUUCUUGUCACUCAGGUUUAUGCAAUUCACAUAAUGAAAUAAAGCGUUUAUCA